AUGGACUUAAGUUCAUUCAAGUUCUUUCGCAAAGGGUCGGCGAAUGCAAUUUAUCGGUAUGGCGGCAGUGAUCUAGAGCUGGUGGGGAAAGUCUUGAGGCUGCGGUUAGCAGGGCAGCUAUUUUGCUCCGCAGAAAUUCACUCCUAUAUGAGAAAGUUCAGGAUUUUGAGCCAGUGGAUAGUUCCCAAUGAGUUAGUGGAGAUUGAUCGAACCAAGCUUCCGAUUUUGGAAACAAGCGAAAUUCGGCUGCUUGAUGAUGAUUACGGGAUCCUGAUGGAGAAUAUCCUAAAAGGUACAGAGUACGAGACGGUAGUGUUAAAUAAGCACAUCAUUAUUCAUCUCGGACAACAACCACUGCUCGAAUUGAAACCUAAAUGGCUCUACAAGCGAACAACAGCUGUUUGUCGGAAUUGUGCGCUUGCAAAGUCUCGAGGAGAAUCAUUUUUGAACUGUCCCCUGAGGUUGCUCACUGCUAAUGGUAUAGAUCUAUGGAGCUCCAUGGUGGAACAAGAGCUCCUAUUAAAACACGAUAAACAGGUCAACGGUUUACGAGAAGCAAUGGCUGCCAAUUUGAGCCUCUUUUCAACACUUCAAGAACUCCAGAAUCUGCACUAUGACGUUCAUGAGAAGUUAAUGUCUCUCACGGGCGAGGACGAUGUGGAUGUGCAGCUCUGCGAUGCGAUGACUCUGCGCGAUGUCACUGUGUUUAUUGAUCUGAGCACUCAGCGUGCAUCUAUUUGCGAUAUGGACAGGAAAAACACUGCCAAAUGGUCCAAGUGGAAAAAUCAAGAAGAGAAGUUGCACACACUUAUGCAGUAA